AUGCAACAAAUCAAAAAAAUUGAUUUAGUCAGGAACUCAAGCAAAAACAAGAGUUUUUAGGAGAUUUAUGAAUUUAACAAAUGUGAUAAAUUGGGGUAAGGUUCAUAUGGGAUGGUGUAUAAAGCGGUUCAUAGAGCGACUGGUUUAAGCAGAGCAGUGAAGAUCAUCCAAAAGACUAGUGUAAAUUAGUAAGAAAGAUUGAAUAAUGAACUUAGAACUGUAGAAUUAUUGGAUCAUCCACACAUCAUUAGAGUGUUUGAGACUUAUGAAGAUAUGGAAUAUAUCUACGUGGUAAUGGAAAUAUGUAAAGGAGGUGAUAUCUUUGAUAAAGUGUUGGAAUAUGGUAAUUUUGAUGAGUAUGGAGCAUUAACCAUAUUUAUUCAAAUUAUAAGAUCAGUUGUCUAUUACUAAUCUUUGAAUAUAGUCCAUAGAGAUUUGAAGCCUGAGAAUUUCUUGUUUUAGAAGAAUAACGACUUAGAUUCCCUCUACAUCAUUGAUUUUGGUUUGGUCAGAGUAUUCUCCCCAGGCAUACAAUACUAAUGGACGAAAGCAGGGACCGCUUAUUAUGUGGCACCAGAAGUGUUACAAGGCACCUAUGAUAAUAAAUGCGAUAUAUGGUCAAUUGGGGUCAUAUUAUACGUUUUAUUGUGUGGAUAUCCUCCCUUCUAUGGAGAAAAUGAACAUGAAAUUUUAUAAUCUAUUUAGAAGGGUAAAUUUGAUUUUGAUGGGCCUGAGUGGAAGAAUGUAUCGAUAGAGGUCAAGCAAUUGAUUUGUUAGAUAUUGUAGCCAAAACUAUAGAGGAUAGAUUUAAAAACCAUAUUGAAACACCCUUGGGUAUAAAAAUAUGUUUAGAAAGGAGAAAUAUUACUUACCAAAUAUCAUUUGGAUAGAUGGAAGCAAUAUCACAUAUUAAUGCAAAUAGGAUUAUUGUACUUAGCAACUCAGUUAGAUUAAAGUGAGAUUUUAGAUAUAAAGAAUGGGUUUCUCUUUAUGAAUAGAUCUUAAUCUGGAAUAUUGAGUAAAGAAGAGAUAGGCUUUUUGGAUGAUGAAUUGUAAACUUUGGAAUAUUAUCAAUACAUAUCACUCUGUUUGGAACCAACUAUCUAUAAAAAUGAAAAAUAGUCGGAUAACUACUUAUAGUUUAAGGAAUAUUCAGAUCUAUUUAGAGUGUGA